AUGUACAGCCAGGUGGAGCAUCCUGCUGGAGGCUACAAGAAGCUCUUUGAGACAGUGGAGGAGCUGUCCUCUCCAGUGACUGCCCACGUCACAGGCAGGAUUCCCACCUGGCUGCGAGGAAGCCUCCUGAGAUGUGGUCCUGGCUUGUUUGAGGUGGGCUCAGAGCCCUUCUACCACCUCUUUGAUGGCCAGGCACUGCUCCACAAGUUCGACUUCAAGGAGGGGCAUGUCACCUACCACCGCAGGUUUGUCCGGACUGACGCCUACGUGCGAGCCAUGACGGAGAAGAGGAUUGUGAUAACGGAGUUUGGCACCUACGCCUACCCAGACCCCUGCAAGAACAUCUUCUCCAGGUUUUUCUCCUACUUCAAAGGUGUGGAGGUGACAGAUAAUGCCCUGGUGAAUGUCUAUCCUGUGGGGGAGGAUUACUAUGCCUGUACUGAGACCAACUUCAUCACCAGGAUUAACCCAGACACCCUGGAGACCAUCAAGCAGGUGGAUCUCUGUAAAUAUGUGUCUGUCAAUGGGGCAACAGCUCAUCCCCACAUUGAGAACGACGGCACCGUUUACAACAUUGGGAAUUGCUUUGGGAAAAACUUUGCCCUGGCCUACAACAUCAUCCGGAUUCCUCCUCUGCAGGCAGACAAGGAAGACCCCAUGAACAAGUCGGAGGUGGUGGUGCAGUUCCCCUGCAGUGACAGGUUUAAGCCCUCCUAUGUCCACAGCUUUGGGCUGACCCCAAACUAUAUUGUGUUUGUGGAGACACCAGUGAAAAUCAACCUCCUCAAGUUCCUCUCCUCCUGGAGCCUUUGGGGAGCCAACUACAUGGACUGCUUCGAGUCCAACGAGACCAUGGGGGUGUGGCUUCACGUGGCAGAGAAGAAGAAAGGCAGGCUCCUCAACCUCAAGUACCGCACCUCGGCCUUCAACCUCUUCCACCACAUCAACACCUACGAGGACAACGGGUUCCUGAUCGUGGACCUGUGCACCUGGAAGGGGUUUGAGUUUGUCUACAAUUACCUGUACCUGGCCAACCUUCGGGCCAACUGGGACGAGGUGAAGCGGCAGGCGGAGAAGGCACCGCAGCCCGAGGCCCGCAGAUACGUCCUGCCCCUGAGCAUCGACAAGGCUGACACAGGGAAGAACCUGGUCACCCUGCCCUACACGACAGCCACAGCGACGCUGCGCAGUGACGAGACCAUCUGGCUGGAGCCAGAGGUGAUUUUCUCAGGGCCACGUCACGCCUUUGAAUUCCCUCAGAUCAACUACAGGAAGUACGGUGGGAAGCCGUACACGUACACCUACGGGCUGGGGCUGAACCACUUUGUCCCAGACAGGCUGUGCAAGCUGAACGUGAAAACCAAGGAGACCUGGGUGUGGCAGGAGCAGGAUGCGUACCCGUCGGAGCCGAUCUUCGUUUCCCACCCGGAUGCUCUGGAGGAAGAUGAUGGGGUGGUGCUGAGCAUCGUGAUCAGCCCGGGGGCAGGGCCCAAGCCUGCCUUCCUCCUCAUCCUCAACGCCAAAGACAUGAGCGAGGUGGCCAGGGCUGAGGUGGAGGUGAACAUUCCCGUGACAUUCCAUGGGCUUUUCAAAAGAGCAUGAGCACAAACAGCAACACCGGGCCCAGGCUUCUUCCGGCUCCCAAAAGGUGCAGUCUCCGUUUACAGGUGACCCAAAUUCCUUCCACAGCCCUUUGCAUUUUUGGGGCUGCUUAACUCAGAUCAAGCAGUUCAGUCUUGUCAAUGAUUCUUCAAAAUGGCUAAUCAGGUAUUUUUUGAAUGCACCCUUUGGUAUCACUUCCAGCUAAACCACAAAUUGGGGGUGGUGGAGAGGUUCUGUUUAUGCAAAAUAAAACUUUGUAGCUGCAGCAGAGUGAAGAGGCUGAAAGAGCAGAGAGUUACCUCAACACUUUUACACGUGGUAACAUUGUGUACAACUGGCUGUGCUCUGUUACAUGGUGGAGAAUUUUUAGCCCAUACUGAAGGAUUCUGGAUUUAAACAUCAUCCUGGUCAUUGCUGUGGUAUCCUCAGAGCAAUCCCAGUGGAGUUUUCCACAGCUGCUUUGGGAAUCCCAAGAGUAUGGCAGGCAGAGUUUUGUUCUUCACCCAGGCUGCAAACUGCACACCUUCCCUUGUGUGUUUGCUCCUUUCCCUUUCUUUUGUCCAAGUGCAGCUCCUUGAUUUCUGGAUUUCAUGUUAAAACAUGGACAUGAAAAAAAAUCAAGCAAUUGUUACCCCUUGGGCUAACUUUGCUUCCUUAGAGUGCUACAGAUGUUCAGCUUAAUCCUUCCUUCUCCCAAAAUAAACUUUCAGCUGAUGUUAAAAGAUGCUAUUGUUGAGAAUAAAAACUUCCUGCCAGCA